UCGUGAUUAAAAAGCCCACUAAUCAAGACGAAUGGGAUCGCUCAUCGCUUAGGCCCUGUUUUGCUUAAGAUCGAAGGUUCCAUUGAAACCGUGAUCUAUAGAGAUUAGAUUCAGAAUCAGACCCCAAGACCUCUCUCUCUUGUUAUAAUCUCUAUAUCGUCUCUCCAUUUGUAAGUGAGAGAGAAUGGCGGAAGAGAAAGAAUCAACGUCAAUUCCACUAAGCCAGGCCGACAAUGUUGCAGAUGAUCCAGAGGAUCCCGCUAAAUCCCCUCCAUCUUCCCCCAAUUCUUCCACUCGCAAGGCUUGCUGCUAUUUCCUUCAGAGCUGGGUCUCCAAGAAGUUUAUGACUGGGUGUGUAGUACUUUUCCCUGUGGCAGUUACAUUCUUUGUAACGUGGUGGUUCAUACAGUUUUUUGACGGCUUCUUCAGCCCAUUAUAUGAGCGGCUUGGUGUUGACAUAUUCGGUCUUGGAUUUGUCACAUCUUUACUGUUUGUCUUCUUUGUUGGCAUUUUUGUUUCAUCAUGGACGGGAGCUACUGUAUUUUGGAUUGGUGAAUGGUUCAUAAAGCGGAUGCCCUUUGUUAGGCACAUAUACUCAGCAUCUAAACAAAUCAGCGCUGCAAUUUCUCCAGAUCAAAAUACUACAGCCUUCAAAGAGGUAGCAAUCAUCCGUCACCCACGUGUUGGUGAAUAUGCAUUUGGAUUUAUCACAUCCACAGUUAUCCUUCAGAGAGAUAAUGAAGAUGAAGAGUUGUGUAGUGUUUUUGUCCCAACAAACCAUCUCUACAUCGGUGAUAUAUUUCUUGUUAACUCCAAAGAUGUUAUAAGACCAAAUCUGUCUAUCCGGGAAGGCAUAGAGAUUAUUGUUUCUGGAGGAAUGACAAUGCCCCAAAUGAUUUCUCCUAUUGAAAGAGUUGUUCGGCAGAAUGAAAGAAUCCCUUUGGACAGAAUGAUGUGAUGGCAUCAAUGAACAGGGACAGCAGAGAGAUCUGUAAUUACAUUCGUUAUAAUAUAUAAUGAUAGUUGUUGUGUAAGCUGAUUUUGGUUAUUAGGAAGCUUUGAAGAUUGAAUAGUUGCUGGUUUGUAGGGCAGAUUUUAUAGGAUGUGGGAACUGUUGUUUCCACUUCAAUAUUGUAAGUACCGCCAAUGGAUGUCUAUGAUGUUUUGUCACUGUAUUUUUUGUUUGUCAUUUAGUUAAUCUUGUAAUGUUCUUUUUUCUUUCCUUAUGAAAAACAAGGUGACUGCAACUUGACCCUUUUUUUAACGAAUAAUGCUUAGACCCC